GUACAAACUGAGGAACAAGUAAAGGAUCUCAGUGUCUGCAGCCUCUAAGCUGCUGUGUAACAUGAUGCUGGGCUACAGGGGCAUGGGCCUCUCCAUGGGCAGCAUGAUCGUUGGCUGGGACAAUAAGGGCCCUGGUUUGUACUAUGUGGAUGACAAAGCCACACGUCUCUCUGGUCGCAUGUUCUCUACUGGUUGUGGUAGCAGCUAUGCGUACGGAGUGAUUGACAGCGGCUACCGUGAGGACAUGACGGAAGAGGAGGCGUACGAGCUGGGCCGCCGCGGUAUCACCCACACCACACACAGAGACGCCUACUCCGGAGGAGUGGUCAACCUGUACCACAUGCAGGAGGACGGCUGGAUAAAGGUGUGUAAAGAAGACGUUUCAGAGCUGAUCCACCGCUACAGGAAAGGCAUGUUCUGAUCCCAGAUCAGUUUCCACACCCACACAGACACACUGUGUUCUCUCUCAACUGAUCCCAACACUGCUCCAAAUAAAGACGGUUUUCAAACUGUA